GGGCAUCAUCCCUCCUCCUCCUCCUCCUCUUCCAGCGCCUCCUCCAGGAACACAAAAGAGCUCCCAAAUUUUAUGACUGCAAAGUCCUUGGGCUGAGCUCCGCCGGCAGCGACGCGAACCGGCCUCCUUGGCCUUAAAGGCAGAUUUUCCCGGGUUCUCGGUGGCCGUCGGGACUGCGCUCUGAUGUGGGCCCCCCUCUCCCCCAGCCGAUGCCCCCGGACCAUGGUUGCUUCCGAGGCCGGAUCAUGAAGUGUUUGACUUUCUUUCUUCUGCUUCCAGAGACCUUAAAGAAGUCCAAAAAGAGCGUGAGGGCCGGCAAGGGGCCAGCAUGCUAUGAGGCCGGGGCCCCCCUCGCCCUCCAGAAGAAGAUGGCUGCGGAACUUUACCCGGCCAGCGCCAACAACACCAACCUCGCCAACAGCAACGCCGCCGCCAACAGCAAGAAGAACGCCCUGCAGCUCCAGCAGAGCGCGCAGCCCCCGCCGCCGCCGCCCCUGCAGAACCUCAACAACAACAACUUGGAGAGCGCCAACUGGCAGUCCUUCCACCCGACCCUGCGGGAGAGGAACGCGCUCAUGUUCAAUAACGAACUGAUGGCUGACGUGCAUUUUAUUGUGGGCCCCCUGGGGGCGGCCAAGAAAGUUCCGGCUCACAAGUACGUUUUGGCAGUUGGUAGCUCUGUCUUCUAUGCUAUGUUUUACGGAGAUCUCGCAGAGGUCAAAUCUGAAAUCCAUAUACCAGAUGUGGAACCGGCAGCUUUCCUAAUCUUAUUAAAGUAUAUGUACAGUGACGAAAUUGACCUAGAAGCAGACACGGUGCUCGCUACUCUCUACGCCGCCAAGAAGUACAUCGUCCCCGCGCUGGCAAAGGCUUGCGUCAAUUUUCUGGAGACCAGCCUAGAGGCCAAGAACGCUUGCGUCCUGCUGUCUCAGAGCCGACUCUUUGAGGAACCGGAGCUGACGCAGCGCUGCUGGGAAGUCAUCGAUGCGCAGGCCGAGAUGGCGCUGAAGUCGGAGGGCUUCUGCGAGAUAGACCAGCAGACGCUUGAGAUCAUCGUCACCCGGGAGGCGCUGAACACGAAGGAGGUGGUGGUCUUCGAGGCCGUUCUGAACUGGGCCGAGGCCGAAUGUAAGAGGCAGGGCCUGCCAGUCACGCCCCGGAACAAGCGGAAUGUAUUAGGGAAAGCUUUAUACUUGGUACGGAUUCCAACCAUGACCCUGGAAGAGUUUGCCAACGGAGCGGCUCAGUCCGACAUCCUCACGCUGGAGGAGAGGCACAAUAUUUUCCUGUGGUAUACCGCCGCCAACAAGCCCAAGCUUGAGUUCCCGCUGACGAAAAGGAAAGGGCUCGUGCCCCAAAGGUGCCACCGGUUCCAGUCCUCCGCCUAUCGCAGCAAUCAGUGGAGGUACCGGGGUCGCUGCGACAGCAUCCAGUUCGCUGUCGACAAACGGAUAUUUAUAGCCGGACUGGGGCUGUACGGGUCCAGUUCGGGGAAAGCCGAAUACAGCGUCAAAAUCGAACUGAAGCGGCUGGGGGCCGUUCUCGCCCAGAACCUGACGAAGUUCACCUCCGACGGAUCUAGUAACACUUUCUCGGUGUGGUUUGAGCACCCCGUGCAGGUGGAGCAGGACACUUUUUACAACGUCAGUGCCAUUCUAGAUGGCAACGAACUCAGUUACUUUGGCCAAGAGGGGAUGACUGAGGUGCAGUGUGGCAAAGUGACAUUCCAGUUCCAGUGCUCUUCGGACAGCACCAACGGCACAGGAGUACAGGGGGGGCAAAUCCCAGAACUCAUUUUCUAUGCAUGAUGCAUUUCACUUAGGUUGUAUUCCGGUGCUGCUAUGCAUGCAGUAAGGGGAUACUCUUUAAUUUCACUGCAGCCGCAGUACGGAAUGUUACCCUACUUAUCUACUUACCAUCAAGCUAUCCAACUAAGUGAAGGAAUGCUCUUGAAUUUAAUCUUAUUUUAUUUAUUCCUAAACUAUUUGACUUAAUUAUUAAACUGCACCGCGCAGGGGGAAAAAGGGGGAGGGAGGAAGAGGAAAGGGUCUAAAAUUCUGCACGUACCGUGCGUUUAUUUUGUAUAUAGAUAAAACUAACAGCUGACUCAAACGGAAUGUUCUAAAGUAGAGCGGUUUGAGAACGUUGGAUAUAAAAACAUUUUUACUU